CCGAUUCCCUUACCAGCGAAUACCAGAUACGGGCUGCUGCUGCUGCUGCUGCUGCCGCUGCUGCUGCUGCUCUAUAAUAGUACGGAACCUGAACUGCGGCAGCGGAGUUUGAAAAAAUAAAAAAAAUUAAAAAAAAUAAUACCGGUUUUAGUAACCAGUACAAACGCUCCUCGAGUCAUACUUCAUCUCCUCCAUGAAUAAAGUGUCGUAAGACAGAAGAACGGAGGCAGCAGUUCGUUUGUUCUGAAGCUGUACAAUCGCGCUGCAGCAGCAGUAGCGGAUAGUAAUAAGAUAUUGUAUAAAUAAAGUGGGAAAAAAAAAAAAAUAAAAUAACCGAUAAAUUGAUAUCGGAUAUUUGAAUAUUAUAAUGUCCGCAAGUGAAACUGGUCAGCGGAAGAAUAGUGCAGGGCCCGAUAUAGAUAAACCGAAAUGGGAUCAAGGAUCUUACAUCGGAAGGGCUCGCCAUUUUUUUACCGUGACAAAUCCUAUGAACGUAUUUGCAACCCCGGAACAACUAUCCGAAGCAAGCGAUAUCGUUCACAAAUAUAGGAAAGGUGAGAGUCUUGAGAAGCUCGGAAUAACUGAGGAAAAAUUAUGGAGCUGCAAAUAUCUUUACGACAGUGCAUAUCAUCCGGACACGGGAGAAAAGAUGAUAAUAAUUGGCAGAAUGAGUGCCCAGGUGCCUAUGAAUAUGCUGAUCACGGGCUGUAUGAUGACCUUCUACAAAUCAACCCCAGCGGUCAUAUUCUGGCAAUGGUGCAAUCAGUCCUUCAAUGCAUUGGUGAAUUACACGAAUCGAAGUGGAUCGAGUCCGAUCGCAGUUUCUACACUAGUACAAAGUUACGUUGGAGCAACUGGAGGUGCCCUUUUUACAGCGCUAUCUCUUAACCACCUAGCAAAAAAAGGGCCACCUCUGGCCGGAAGAUUAGUACCCCUAGCGGCAGUGGCAGCUGCGAAUUGCGUUAAUAUACCACUUAUGCGAAUAACAGAAUUACAAGAAGGAAUCGAACUCCAAAAUGAUAAAGGGCAAAAAGUCGGGGCGAGCGUAUCCGCUGCUAAACAGGCUAUCACUUCUGUUACACUUUCGCGAAUUCUCAUGGCAUCACCGAGCAUGGUCCUGGCACCACUUUUGAUGAACUACUUGGACAAGAGAAAUCUACUAAAACGCGUCCCAUGGGCUGGAGGACCUAUCCAAGUGGCCCUUUGCGGAGUGUGCUUGACCUUCGCAACACCUCUUUGUUGCGCUUUAUUCGCGCAACGUGUCUCAGUUCCUGUUAACUCGUUGGAACCGGAAGUUCAAGAACAAAUCCGGGCUAAAGAUCCGGAAGCACAAAUCGUAUACUACAACAAGGGUCUAUAAGACUCUUGCAUUUCCUCGAAAUAGUGGGUUUAGAUCGUUGUUGGUUAUUCUGGCGCGUUGAUUAGCAAUCAAAUUCGAUUCAUUUGUCGACUAUCUAUUUCAGAUUCUGGUGGAGUUAUAGAUAUUAGUGAGAACGUUUGUUAGCUGUGCACACGCGGGUCUAUGAAUCAGUGUAUCUUAUACAAACGAGAUGACAAUAACGUAUAUUUAAGAAAUUAUUGUAAAAUGGUACACCGUGAUAUCCACAUAUUCAAAACACGGAUAUCUGACGAAUCGAGCGAUUAAUGCUAAAAGAAAUAUUUCAUCACCCACAGAUGAUGAAAAACGAUAAUAUUUACAGAAUCAGUUUUGACGUAACGAGAGCAUACCAAAUGAUGCAGCUAGGGAUUGAAUUAUUUUACCGCCAGAGUUGUUGAUCUCGAAAAAUCGAGCUUGAUCAAUUAUAGGUAUAUGUAUGUUUUAAACAACUUUUGAGUUAUUCCGUUCGUUUGACAUACAGUCCAUUCAUUUUGCGAAAUAUUUUUGGGUUUAUUCAAAAUAUCAUUCCACUAAUCCAAAUUGCGACAAUUGAGGGAUGGAAAAGUGAUACAUGGACGUCUGUUAAGUUUUUCUAUUUAUUUAACAAAUAAGAAUUGCUGGAAAUUUUAUGUACAAUUGCAGGGAUUAUUGUUGUAGCUGACUCAUAUUAUUAAAUGCUCGUAAGUUUA